AUUUGCCUCCUUGUUUCCUUUCUUUCUUUACUUCCACCUCCGAGUAUCGACGACUCUGAAGUAUUACCUUUCCGCUGAGCAGGACUGAGAAAACGGCAGCGCCUUUUCUCUUUACAACACCGAUAACCAAAAGAACCGCCUUUUUACUUCUCUUUUCCUCGUCGUCAUGAAGACUGCCAUGUUCAACUUUACCUUCAUCCUCUUCUUCGCGUUCCUCCAGCUCUUCUCUUUCGUCCAGGCUCUCCCUGCUGGACCCGGAAGUCUCAUGGGUCAUUCCUACCUCGUCAGGGACCCCGCUCAGCCCAUCGAGCCCGUCGUUAUCGCGCGUGAUGUUCCUCUCGACCGCGCUGCCCGGUUCCGAGCUAUCCAAGAAAGGCGUGUUGCCAGGAGUGUUGGAGAUGUUGAUGGUCAGGAUUUUCUAUCAAAUGAAGGACCGCCACCCCCCGCUCACGUUCAGCUCCCUCAGCCCUCGAUUAGUGUCCCUCCUCCUCACGUGCACGACGAGAAGAAGAAGAAGAAGUCGAUGAAGAAGAAGCAGACGAAGAAGAUAAAGGCAAAGAAGGUUGAUUAGCGGUUGUUCAAGCAGGCUGAUGAAGCACCCGUGAUGAUGAUGUUGAUGAUUCUGGCUUGGUACGGGUUUCCAGUCAGACAUUCCUUAUCUCUAUCCUCUCUAGUACGCUAUGCGUACACAUGUACUACCUAUCGCUGUUGAACAGAAUGGUAUUGGAUAUCGGUAAAGAAAUGCAUCAUACAUAGGAUA